UGGGGUUCGUUUAGAGGUUUGAAUUUUCUCGGAGAAAGACAGGCCGGCCACGAGGAAAACAAACAAGCCGCAGCAACAUCUAAGCCCUUGAAAGGAUCCUGAGAGAGGGGGGAAAGGGAAAACAGCAGCCACCAGCCCAACCACUUGUGUCUUCUGCCCCUUCCCACCUAUCUUGCCCACCCCACCAGCCCACGCUGCCUGGGACUUGAAAUCUGUGGCCGAAGGACCGUCACCACAUAACUUCAAAAACAAUCAACCACCCUCCCUUCCCAAACCCACCCAAAUUCACUCACCAUCGUUUACUUUUUUGAAUCCACUCAGAAUUUUUUUCUACGAACCCCCCUCCCUUAAAUGGAGUUGGGUGGGGGGCAAAUGAAUACUGAGUUGGCCUUCAUUUUUUAAGAGACUUUUUAAUCCAAUGAGGCCCCCCAAAUAAUUGAGUUUUGGGUCCUGGUUGGUGGUUUUAUUUUUUUCUCCAAAAUUUGACCCCCUCCCCCCUGAGCCCGAGGUGCUGACGUCGCAAAAAAAUUGGAUAAAACCACGAUCAUGGGUUCAGGUCCCAUAGACCCCAAAGAGCUUCUCAAGGGCCUGGAUAGCUUCCUUAACCGAGAUGGGGAAGUGAAGAGUGUGGAUGGGAUUUCUAAGAUCUUCAGUCUGAUGAAGGAAGCACGAAAGAUGGUGAGUCGAUGUACUUACUUGAACAUUCUCCUGCAGACCCGUUCACCAGAAAUAUUGGUCAAGUUUAUUGACGUUGGUGGCUACAAGCUUCUUAACAAUUGGCUGACGUAUUCGAAGACAACCAACAACAUUCCCCUCCUCCAGCAAAUUCUACUGACCCUGCAGCACCUACCACUUACUGUGGACCAUCUCAAGCAGAACAACACAGCUAAAUUGGUGAAGCAACUGAGCAAGUCAAGUGAGGAUGAAGAGCUCCGAAAAUUGGCUUCAGUUCUUGUCAGUGACUGGAUGGCUGUCAUCCGCUCCCAGAGCAGUACCCAGCCUGCUGAGAAAGAUAAGAAGAAACGUAAAGAAGAGGGAAAGAGUCGAACCACCCCUCCUGAGCGACCUUUGACUGAGGUGAAGGCUGAGACCCGGGCUGAGGAGGCCCCAGAGAAGAAGAAGGAGAAGCCCAAAUCUCUUCGAACCACAGCACCCAGUCACGCCAAGUUCCGUUCCACUGGACUAGAGCUGGAGACACCGUCUUUGGUGCCUGUGAAGAAGAAUGCCAGCACAGUGGUGGUUUCUGACAAAUACAACCUUAAACCCAUCCCCCUCAAGCGUCAGAGCCCCUCAGCUGCUUCAGGAGAUGCUGUCCCUGCUGCAGAGAAGAAAUACAAGCCACUCAACACAACGCCCAAUGCCACCAAAGAGAUCAAAGUGAAGAUCAUCCCACCACAGCCUAUGGAGGGUCUGGGCUUUCUGGAUGCUCUCAAUUCAGCCCCUGUUCCAGGAAUCAAAAUUAAGAAGAAGAAGAAGGUGUUGUCACCUACAGCUGCCAAGCCAAGCCCCUUUGAAGGGAAGACGAGCACAGAACCAAGUACAGCCAAACCUUCUUCUCCAGAACCAGCGCCUCCUUCUGAAGCUAUGGACAUAGACCGUCCAGGCACCCCUGUUCCCCCUGUUGAAGUCCCAGAGCUCAUGGAUACAGCCUCUUUGGAGCCAGGAGCUCUGGAUGCAAAGCCAGUGGACAGUCCUGGAGAUCCUAGCCAGCUGACCCGGAAAGGCAGGAAGAAGAAAACUGUGACGUGGCCCGAGGAGGGCAAACUGAGAGAAUAUUUCUAUUUCGAACUGGAUGAAACUGAACGAGUAAAUGUGAAUAAGAUCAAGGACUUUGGUGAGGCUGCGAAGCGGGAGAUACUGUCAGACCGACAUGCAUUUGAGACAGCCCGGCGUCUGAGCCAUGACAACAUGGAGGAGAAAGUGCCCUGGGUGUGCCCCCGGCCCCUUGUUCUGCCCUCACCUCUUGUCACCCCUGGAAGCAACAGCCAGGAGCGAUACAUCCAGGCUGAUCGGGAGAAAGGAAUCCUUCAGGAGCUCUUCCUGAACAAGGAGAGUCCUCAUGAGCCUGAUCCUGAGCCCUAUGAACCCAUACCCCCUAAACUCAUCCCCCUAGAUGAGGAGUGUUCCAUGGAUGAGACCCCAUAUGUUGAGACACUGGAGCCUGGGGUGGCAGGUGGCUCACCUGAUGGGGCAGGUGGCUCCAAGUUGCCUCCUGUUCUGGCCAAUCUUAUGGGAAGCAUGGGUGCUGGGAAAAGCCCCCAAGGCCCUGGAGGAGGAGGCAUCAAUGUGCAGGAGAUCCUCACCUCUAUCAUGGGUAGCCCAAACAGUCAUCCUCCAGAGGAACUGCUGAAACAGCCAGACUAUUCAGACAAGAUCAAGCAGAUGCUGGUGCCACAUGGACUCCUAGGCCCUGGGCCAAUAGCCAAUGGUUUCCCACCAGGAGGCCCUGGGGGCCCCAAGGGCAUGCAGCAUUUCCCCCCUGGACCUGGGGGGCCUAUGCCAGGUCCCCAUGGAGGUCCUAGUGGGCCAGUGGGUCCACGUCUCCUGGGUCCCCCACCCCCUCCCCGGGGGGGUGAUCCCUUUUGGGAUGGCCCAGGUGACCCCAUGCGGGGUGGCCCAAUGCGGGGGGGUCCAGGACCUGGUCCUGGACCAUACCACAGAGGCCGAGGUGGCCGAGGAGGAAAUGAACCUCCUCCUCCUCCUCCUCCUCCAUUCCGAGGGGCCAGAGGAGGUCGUUCUGGAGGAGGACCCCCAAAUGGACGAGGGGGCCCUGGUGGAGGCAUGGUUGGAGGUGGUGGGCAUCGUCCCCAUGAAGGCCCUGGUGGAGGCAUGGGCAGUGGCAGUGGACAUCGUCCCCAUGAAGGCCCUGGCAGUGGCAUGGGCAGUGGCAGUGGACAUCGUCCCCACGAAGGCCCUGGCAGUGGCAUGGGCAGUGGACAUCGCCCCCAUGAAGGCCCUGGCGGUGGCAUGGGUGGUGCCAGUGGACAUCGCCCCCAUGAAGGUCCUGGUGGUGGCAUGGGCAGUGGACAUCGUCCCCACGAAGGCCCUGGCGGAAGCAUGGGUGGAAGUAGUGGACAUCGCCCCCAUGAAGGCCCUGGACAUGGGGGGCCCCAUGGCCACCGGCCUCAUGAUGUCCCUGGUCACCGAGGCCAUGAUCAUCGAGGGCCACCUCCUCAUGAGCACCGUGGUCAUGAUGGCCCUGGCCACGGGGGAGGGGGCCACCGAGGGCAUGAUGGAGGCCACAGCCAUGGAGGAGAUAUGUCAAACCGCCCUGUCUGCCGACACUUCAUGAUGAAGGGCAACUGCCGCUAUGAGAACAACUGUGCCUUCUACCACCCGGGUGUCAAUGGGCCCCCCCUGCCCUAGGGACCACCUGCCUGCCCCCCCCACACCCCCCACCAUGGACUGCAGCCUUGCUCCUUUGCCCUGUUAUGGCUUCUGUGAGGCCCAUUUUUCCCUUUUCCCAGCUGAUGAGGAGCCGGCACCUUCAGAUCCCACCUGCUUGGGUUCCUGGGGGUUUUCUGAUCACUGGUGCGCAUUGAUGUACAUAUUUUCCUCCAGUCUGGGGAGGAGAGAAACUGGACACAUUCUGUACCCUGGACUGCUUGAAGAGGAGACCCAGUUGGCUUCACUUUUUGAGGAGAUUCACCCUGUAUCCCAAACCCCUUUCCAGUAUUACCCUAAAGUAUGAGAACCAAAAGCUGGUUAUCCUGGAGAACACCUCUACUCUCCUAUUGUGGGUCCUCCACAAGCACACAGAACUGACAUGGGAUCAGCUGCACUUAGGAAAUCAUCCCAGCCAAGUUCAUUAUUCCUCAUGGGGUGGGGAGGUGGUUUAAGGGGUAUUGUAUAUCCCACUGCACUGAGAGGGCUCAAUCAGGCUGGAUUUGAGUUCUGGAACACACAUCAUCCCCACUCCUCCCUCAACACGGAUUCUACAUUCUGAGUCCUUUCUCAAGUAAGACUUUGAAGCCUUCUAUUAACACCCAAGUCUGCACCAUGGGUCUGCUAGGUCCAAUGAUGGCAAAUUCACAUCUGCGUCCAUUGAAAGUUUUAGCUGGUACAGGUGAGGCCAGUGGUGGUGGUCCACUUUUGCCUACAGCCAUUCUGGAGACUUACUAAGUACGGUUCAGUGAGACCAGCUUUUCAACAAUUUAAGCCCAGCAUGCUGGGCCUGACAGUCACACUACAUGCACUGCCUUUGGGAGUUAGCUUGCUCCUUGUCCCCACUUGGAACCUUGUCAGUGUGAGGUUUCCAGCAAACUUGCCCCAUCAGCCACCACUGAAUCCCCAACAGGUACCUUCCUGGGUGGAUUCAGCCAGAUGAUUUUGCCCUUUCCCAGUCCUCUCCUUCAUCUGUCCCGGCAUCAGUUGUUUUCUGUGAAAACAGUGGAUUGGUUGGGUUUUGUGCAGGGUCUUGGGUUAGAGCCACAAUGAAUUUGAGGAUGAGAUUUUCUUUUUCUUUUGGUUUUGUAUAUUUUGUACAUUAAUAAACAGUGCAAAGAGAAGCAGCUUAUUUAA